CCCACUCCCCGCCUGGCUCAGGCAUGGGCUCCAAUUUCUCAGCGUCAGCCUCUGCCAGCGCUCAGCUGUCGGUUCCCCUCUGUCCUGUCACUCCGCUUCCCACGGGAGCAGGGCAGCUGCCCCCCUCCCUACACGCCUGCACGGAGGGCUGGGGGCUGCACAGCCAGCAAGGUCCCAACAUCGGCCACCCUUUGUGGGGUUUUACAUCGCAGGACAGGAGCUCCAAACACAGCCAUGACAGAGAAGGAAGUGCCAGAGCCACCAGCUACGCCUGCUUCAGCUGGGAAACCCAAGAGCCGGCAGAUACAGAAGCUGAAGCAACUUUUCCAGCGAAAGCCAAAGGAGGAGACUACGCCAGAGCCACAGCCCAACGGGGAGCUGGUCAGCCCUUCAGGGGGACCCAUCUACUACAUCUAUGAAGAGGAUGAAGAGGAGGAGGAGGAGGAGCCUGAGCCCCCUCCUGAGCCCCAGAAACUUGUAAAUGACAAACCCCACAAGUUCAAAGAUCAUUACUUCAAAAAGCCCAAGUUCUGCGAUGUUUGUGCCCGCAUGAUUGUCCUCAACAACAAAUUUGGCCUGAGGUGCAAGAACUGCAAAACCAACAUCCAUCACCACUGCCAGUCCUAUGUGGAGAUGCAGCGCUGCUUCGGCAAAAUUCCUCCAGGGUUUCGCCGGGCAUACAGUUCACCCCUCUACAGUGACCAGCAAAACACCUGCGUCAAGGAGCCACUCUCAGCCAACAGGAGCGACCCCGUGUUUGAGACCCUUCGGACAGGUGUCAUUAUGGCCAACAAGGAGCGCAAGAAAGGGCAGGAUGACAAGAAAAAUCUCUUUGCCUUGCAGCCUUUGGCUGCUAUGAUGGAUGAGGAAUCAGAGGCCACAAAGCCAGGAGAUGGCAAAACUGAGCGCGGCACCUCUGAAGGGAACAAGAAGACUGAGAAGAGUCCAACAGAUGACAAGAACAAGAAGCCACAGCCAGGAACUCGUGGUGGCUAUCCACAGUCUCACUAUUUUGUGGCACUUUAUCGCUUCAAAGCCCUGGAGAAAGAUGACUUGGAUUUCCCACCAGGGGAGAAGAUCACAGUGGUUGAUGACUCCAAUGAGGAGUGGUGGCGGGGGAAGAUUGGUGAAAAAAUUGGCUACUUCCCUCCAAACUUCAUCAUCCGGGUGCGGGCAGGCGAGCGCGUGCACAAGGUGACACGCUCCUUUGUGGGCAACCGGGAGAUUGGGCAGAUCACACUCAAGAAGGAUCAGAUUGUGGUGCAGAAAGGUGAGGAGGUGAAUGGUUACGUGAAAGUCUACACUGGCCGAAAAGUGGGGCUCUUCCCCGUGGACUUCCUGCAGGAGAUCUGAGUGAGGCAGUGACCCAGCGUCCCCCAGCUGUGAACUGUCAGAGAUGGGCAGGGAUGGGAAUGGGGACAGGGAUGGGGAUGGCAGGCACUCCCAUCUCCCAUGCCUGCAGCAACGAGGUCUCCAGGGGGGGACCAUCUCUGUCAGGACCAGAACAGGCUGGGGGAUAUGGUAGUUGCCUCUCAGGCUGUUUCCUCUGUGGGGUUUUUAGUGCCUUCAGACAUACUGGGUGCAAGGAGGGGGCACUUGCUUUGGAGGCCACCCAGACCCCCUGCAUGAGGUGGUGGGUGCUGGGUGUCUCAGGGGUGUCAGUGCAGUCCUGUCCCACUGCUCUGAGCUGUGUAACCCUGUGUUGUGGCAAUACAUGUCUGGUCCCCAA